ACCAUACACCUUUCUGCUGCCUCCUCCUAGCUCCGUGCCCCUCUCCUGGCACAGGCCUCUGCCCCCACAAUGCGCCUGCGCACAGGCCCCAAUAGGAAGCCAUGUUGUGGGAUCUCCGGUGGUUGUGUUCUCCUAGCGACUGUGCGGAAUUACGGCUACUGGAGUGACAGGAGACUUAAACGUUACCGUGUGAGUGCGUGGGCUACGGUGCCCCUAACUGGGUGUGCGUAAGGUCCGGUGUCCGGGACCGCCCGGCGGGCACCAUGAGCACGGGAUGCGACCUAUCCCGUAGGAACCCGCAGGAGGAUUUCGAGCUCAUCCAGAGGAUCGGCAGUGGCACCUAUGGAGAUGUGUACAAGGCUCGGAAUGUUAACACUGGAGAGCUGGCGGCAAUUAAGGUUAUUAAACUGGAACCAGGAGAAGAUUUUGCUGUGGUGCAGCAGGAAAUUAUCAUGAUGAAAGACUGCAAACAUACAAACAUUGUGGCUUACUUUGGCAGCUACCUAAGGCGAGAUAAGCUCUGGAUCUGCAUGGAAUUUUGUGGUGGAGGCUCAUUACAAGAUAUAUACCAUGUUACGGGGCCUCUGUCAGAACAACAGAUUGCUUAUGUUUCCAGGGAAACACUGCAGGGUUUAUAUUAUCUGCACAGUAAAGGAAAAAUGCACCGAGACAUUAAGGGAGCAAAUAUCCUUUUAACAGAUAAUGGUCAUGUAAAAUUAGCUGAUUUUGGAGUAGCCGCUCAAAUUACAGCCACUAUCGCAAAACGAAAAUCGUUCAUUGGAACGCCAUACUGGAUGGCUCCAGAGGUGGCAGCUGUGGAGCGGAAAGGAGGCUAUAAUCAGUUGUGUGAUAUAUGGGCAGUCGGCAUAACCUCCAUAGAACUUGCAGAGCUGCAGCCACCUAUGUUUGAUUUGCAUCCAAUGAGGGCUUUGUUUCUAAUGACUAAGAGCAACUUUCAGCCUCCCAAGUUAAAAGAUAAAAUGAAAUGGUCAAAUAGUUUCCAUCAUUUUGUCAAAAUGGCACUAACAAAAAAUCCUAAGAAAAGGCCGACAGCUGAAAAAUUGCUACAGCAUCCUUAUGUUACGCAGCCAUUAAACCGUACACUAGCGAUUGAAUUAUUGGAUAAAGUGAAUAAUCCAGACCACUCUAGCUACCAUGACUUUGAUGAUGAUGAUCCAGAGCCUCCGGUUGUCGUUCCUCAUAGGAUCCACUCAACAAGCAGGAGUGUUCGAGAAGAAAAAACGCGUUCAGAAAUAAACUUUGGCCAAGUAAAGUUUGAUGCACCAAUGAGAAAAGAGACAGAACCACAUCAUGAGCUGCUCGACAGGGACGAUUUUUUGGACAGUGCAGAAGACAUAUACUACACUGCAAGAUCUAAUCUGGAUCUCCAAUUAGAGUAUGGCCAAGGACCCCAAAGUGGCUACUUUCUCGGCGCAAAUAAGAGUCUUCUGAAAUCUGUCGAAGAAGAACUGCACCAACGGGGACAUGUGGCACAUUUAGAAGAUGAUGAUGGAGAUGAUGAGGAAUCUAAACAUUCAACUAUAAAGCCUAAGGUGCCGCCACCUCUACCACCAAAGCCUAAAUCUAUAUACAUACCACAGGAUAUUAGCGCUUCAGAUGAAGACAACCAAGGAACAAUUAAGCGAUGUCCUGUUUCAGAAAGUCCAGCACGGCCAGCAUCUUACGUUCCUCCGAGACCUCCUCCUCCACGGUUACCCCCUCAAAGAUCCAGUGUUUUAGGCAAUGGAGUAGGCUCCAUCCAGUUAAAUGGAGACAGGGAAAAUCCUUUGCUUCAGCAAACUGAAAACAGAAUUUCCAAGUCGCUUAGUGUGCCUUCUCGCAAAGAGAAGAAGGAUGUGCCGAAACCAAUUAGCAAUGGACUUCCACCUACGCCUAAAGUACAUAUGGGUGCUUGUUUUUCAAAAGUAUUUAAUGGCUGUCCUUUGAAGAUUCAUUGUGCAACUUCAUGGAUAAAUCCAGAAACAAGAGAUCAAUAUCUAAUAUUUGGGGCAGAAGAAGGUAUUUAUACCUUAAAUUUGAAUGAACUGCAUGAAACUUCAAUGGAACAGCUUUUCCCACGAAGAUGUACGUGGUUAUAUGUAAUGAAUAACUGCUUGCUAUCAAUAUCUGGGAAAGCUUCCCAGCUGUAUUCACAUAAUCUGCCUGGCCUCUUCGAUUAUGCCAGGCAAAUGCAGAAGUUGCCGGUUUCAAUUCCUACCCACAAACUCCCUGACCGAAUAUUGCCAAGGAAGUUUGCAGUGUCUACAAAAAUUCCUGAUACAAAAUGGUGUCAAAAGUGCUGUGUCGUGAGGAAUCCUUAUACAAGCCAUAAAUAUCUGUGUGGAGCACUGCAGUCCAGCAUUAUAUUAUUAGAAUGGGUCGAACAGAUGCAGAAGUUUAUGUUAAUUAAGCACGUAGACUUUCCCCUGCCUUGUCCUCUCAUGAUGUUAGAGAUGCUUGUAGUCCCUGAACAAGAAUACCCUAUGAUCUGUGUUAGUGUCAGCCGAGGGACGGACUUCAAUCAAGUUGUACGGUUUGAAACAGUUAACCCCAACUCUACCUCUUCAUGGUUCACAGAAACAGAUACGCCGCAGACCGAUGUUGUACAGUUGACACAGCUGGAAAGGGAUACUAUACUUGUUUGUCUAGAUCGUUGCAUAAAAAUUGUAAAUCUUCAAGGAAGAUUAAAAUCAAGCAGAAAAUUAUCCUCAGAACUUACAUUUGAUUUUCAAAUAGAGUCCAUAGUUUGCCUACAAGACAGUGUUCUUGCUUUCUGGAAGCACGGGAUGCAAGGAAGAAGUUUUCGAUCAAAUGAAAUCACACAGGAAAUUUCAGAUAACACACGGAUAUUCCGCCUUCUUGGUUCUGACAGGGUUGUCGUUUUAGAAAGCAGGCCAACAGAUAACCCUACAGCCAACAGCAAUCUGUACAUCCUAGCUGGUCAUGAGAACAGCUACUGAGCAUGCCAUUGUUUGGAGAUAUCAAGAGAAUACUAUUGCAAUGUUAUCUGAUGCUUCAAGUCAGACAAACGCCACAGUAGUUUUGAGGUCAUGUUUUAUAGAUAUAUAAAUACAUAUAAGUAAUUUAUUGUGGCAUGAGACAAAGUUAAGGACAAUGUUGCUAUAACGUGGUAUGGAUACACUUAUUAAAGCCCUUUCACACAAGUGCUACAUUCACAAUUAUGUAAUUGUUUGUACAUAAAAGUAGAUUUAUUUCCUUCCCUUAUCUACGGGCUGACGUCAUAUAAGAAAUCCUAAUGUAGAUAGUGGUCCCUUAAUGAAGUACAAGUGUCUUAAUUGUACAGAUGUCAAGGUUGUCCGUGAACAAGAGAAUUGGGAAAGCCUAGCUAUUUAGUAAUUAAAGAGCAGUUUCUUCUAUUUGCUGCGCGUCUCAGCUACAUUAUAAAACUGCCGUGUGAAAAAAACAAAACACAAUGCAUAUAUUAACACUAUUGUAUUUUUUAUUCUAUGUAAUUUAGUAAUGCCAAUAUACAUUUUGUAAGUUUAAAAAAACAAAUCUGUAAUCUAUAAAGAGGGUUGUAAGCAUUUUUAUGAUACCCUUAACUUUAAUGCAAGUACACUGGCGUUUAUAUUUGCACAAAGUAUUGUUUUGUGAUGUAUUACGUCACAGAGUAAAGCAGUGACAGACUGAAGGUUGUUAAUAUCAUUUGUUUGCUUGCUUGUGUUAUGUUUUAUAUGAGAUGUUGACAAAUGCAUUGGGGUGUUUAUAUAUAUAUAUAUAUAUAUAUAUAAAAUUCUGUAUACAGUAUAUACACACCCACGUGUGUAUGUGUGUGAAUACAUAUAUAUAAAAACAAAGCUAGGAUGUGCACUCUCACUCCGUCAAGCAACUGCCAGGGUGCUAGUGAGCUUUAAUAGAUACGAACAACAGUAAUCUUUCACUGUGAACAGUGACGUUGAGGGGACAAAGUAUCUCCUUCCUCAGGUCUGAGGAAGGGGAUACUUUGUCCCCGAAACGUCACUGUUCACAGUAAAAGAUUACUUUUGAAACGACCAUAGUGCAAGUUUUUUGUUCGUGUGUGUGUGUGUGUAUAUAUAUAUAUAUAUAUAUAUAUAUAUAGCCACACACACACAUAUAUAUAUAUAUACAUAUACAUAUAUAUACAUACAUAUUGCCAGCCACACACAUAUAUAUAUAUAUAUAUAUAUAUAUAUAUAGUUUGCAGGUAAAGUAAGAAAUUGGGUAAUCCUAGCAUUAUCUGGGUAAAUCUGACAUUACCCAAGCGGCUGUAAAGUCCAAUGUUACAUGAUAAAUCUUCUCAGAGUGCAUUGAAUCACUGCAUCAAACAUAUAUACGAUGCACUGUAAUUCACACAUCUUUCUUCACUAUCUUUCUCUUGUAAGAUGUAUCGAGUCCACGGAUUCAUCCUUUACUUGUGGGAUAUUGUCCUUCCCAACAGGAAGUGGC